AUGCUCAGCCUGGAUCAGUUCACGUUCAUGCUUGACCGUCUGCGAGGCGUCCGGUCGUUCUCUGCGCAAUUUCCGUUCUUCAACAACUUGCUUCAACACACCAACGUCGGAACUAUUCCUUUCAGCCUCACUUCGAUUCCCUAUGGAGAAUCAAAGAAGCUCAGCCACGACGACUACACAGUCGCAUGGAUCUGCCCACUCGAGGUGGAACAAGUUGCGGCUCUGGAAAUGCUGGACGAAGAGCAUCAACGACUUCCACAGCGAGAGUACGACCAUAACGCCUACAAUCUUGGAACCAUCUAUGGUCACAACGUCGUAAUCGCUGGUCUUCCUACGACUGGGAAUUGUUCAGCUGCAACAGUCGUUGCGCAGAUGCGCAAUACCUAUCCUCGACUACGGUUUGGUCUGCUUGUCGGCAUAGGUGGUGGUGUGCCAUUACGUACAAAGGAGGGACCGAUUCGACUUGGUCAUAUCGUGGUCAGCGAGCCAGUGGGUAAACACUCUGGUGCAAUGCAGUACGACCACGGCAAAGCAGAAGCCGGCGAGUUUGUCCGGACUGGAUAUCUUGCUCCGCCGCCAACUGUUCUACUCAACGCCGCACGCGAAUUACAAGUACGCCGACGUCGGCUUUCGGAUGAUCCACUGGUCUCUCAUCUGAGGCGUAUUGAUACUUCGAAACCAGGUCUUCGUAGCUACAAACAGCCUUCGCCUGGCCAAGACCAUCUGUACGAAUCGGAUUAUGUUCACCUGGACAGGGAGAAGUCAUGCAGGAGAUGUAGAUGCGAUGCAAGCAAACUUAUCGACCGAAACGCCGAGGACAGCGACGACGACAGCACCAAUUGCGCAAACGAUGACCGGUUAGUAGUGCAUCGCGGCACGAUAGCUUCAGAUUCGCACAAGAACGACAGAUGGCACGGCUAUGCAGCAGCAGUAGCGGCGGCGUACGCUAGAGGAAUCUUCCAGCAUAUGCCUAUAGAAGAGGUAAAGCAAUGCAAGAUUGCUGAGACAGAUGUAGGAAAAUUGGUGCAGAACACUCAACAGUCCGUAGACUAUUUCCUGGACUCGCGUGUCAAAGAUUGGCUCAGGCCAUAUGAUGCUUCCAUCAAUCUUGUCAACGCAUCCAAACUUCGCUACUCCGACACAGGUCGUUGGUUUCUCGAGAGUGAUCGCUACAAAUGGCUCAAGAGUACACCUGGUGCCAGUUUGUGGUUGCGUGGCAUUCCGGGUUGUGGAAAGACUGUGCUCAGCUCAACGAUCAUCAGGGACCUUGAACUCAACAAACGAACCACUGGGACAGCCAUAGUCUACUUUUUCUUCUCUUUCAGCGAUGAGUCGAAGCAGACGCUAGAUUUUAUGCUGCGCUCCUUGAUCUUUCAGCUCGCCGGAUGGAAUAAGCCCACAAAUGCUCAUCUGUUGAAACUGUUCGAGAGCAGUCGUAACGGUCACGAACAACCUCAGACGAUAAAGCUUGAAGAAACCUUCAGCCAGAUGGUAGGCGAGUCACAGGAUGUCAUCGUUGUCCUAGACGCGCGCGAUGAGUCCAAAGAUAGACGCGAUCUCUUACGAUGGAUCACUUGCCCUUCGAGUCAAACCUGCAGAUUUGUACUGACAAGCCGCUCGGAAAGAGACAUUGAGGAACGUUUUGCUUCAUGGUUAUCUCCCAAUUGCACUAUAACACUGGAGAGCGAUCUUGUGGGUGACGAUAUCAAAGCAUACAUACAGUACAGACUCAAAGAAGAGGAGCAUCUGAGCCGCUGGAGGUCGAUGCAUGGAGAAAUUGCAAACACUCUUGCCAGCAAAGCAGACGGCAUGUUUCGAUGGGUUUACUGUCAGCUUCAAGAACUUUCAGAAUGCCUUGACAAACCCGCUGUGCGACGAGUUUUGCAGACACUGCCCAAUGAUCUUAACGAGACCUACGAUCGCAUCCUCAAGCACAUACCCAGUGCACGUGUACCCAACGCCAUCAAACUUCUUCAGCUCCUUACNUUUUCAAAGCGGCCACUACGACUCGAAGAACUCAUAGAUGCUGUGGCCACAGAACCGGANGAUGGAACCACCGUCGAUGCAGAAAACCGCGUGUCACCACCUGAAGCCAUCAUCGGAUAUUGUGCAAAUCUUGUUAGAAUCACAACCGCACAUGCAGACGAUUUCGAUGACAGGCGGGCUAGAACAACAAACGAGCAUCCUGAAUCCGACUCAAUAGCUGAAGAUCAAGGGGAAAUAACGAUACAGCUAGCACACUUCUCAGUACGGGAGUACCUGCUUCUGGAUCGUAGGGAAACCCCCGACUAUCGUUGUUUUGAGGAGAGAAUUGCACAUGCUGCGCUGACUCGAAUAUUUCUAGCGUAUCUAUGGACAGCUGCAGAGGUGCAAGGAGCCUCUGCAAGUGUGUCCGAAUUCCCACUGAUCAAGCUCGCAGCGCUAUGCUGCAUGCAUCACGCUGCGACAGCUGGAGAAGAAGAAGAACCCACUUUUGAGUGGACGCGCAAGAUAUUUAUGAGUAAAAAGUUUCUGGAGUUAUGGAGACACCUCAAUAGACGUGACGAAAAGUCUUUCAGUGCGAGUUCUGGACUAUACUACGCGUCAGUCUUUGCGCUCAUUCGAUCUGUCAGAUACCUACUAAGCAUGGGUGCCGAUCCCGACGCUCAAGGAGGCAGUUAUGGUAAUGCUCUCCAAGCUGCGUCGACCUCUGGCAAUGUACAGAUAGCACAAGUGCUGUUAGAUCAUGGCGCUAGUGUCAAUGCUAAAGGCGGCAUUUAUGGGACUGCACUUCAUGCGGCGGCAUGGUGUGGUAACAACGAUACACUGCAGUUGUUGCUCAAGUAUGGAGCCAAUACUGGAGCUCUCGCACAGGAACAGGGCAAUGCUGCAACUGCUCUUCAAGUGGCCGCGUACAAAGGACAUACAGAGGUUGUGACAACGCUGCUGAUGCACGGUGCGGAUGUGAACGCGCGCACCAUUGAGAAGCCGUGUGGACAUGGGGAUUUUGACAUCGCUGCAGGGCAUUACACAGCGCUUCAAGCUGCGUCUUCUCAAGGCCAUAUCGAAGUGGUCAAGAUCUUACUCAAGAGCAAUGCUGAGAUUGAUGCCAGCCCAUUUGACCCCUUAACCUACGAACAUAAAACUCAUGAAAGACCUCUUCAAGCAGCUUCGAUGAAUGGACACUUAGACGUUGUGCGCCUAUUGGUACAGAGUGGUGCCGACAUCAAUAUGGAAGGCGGACCGCGGGGGGUGACAUCCCUGCACGCCGCUGCGAGUAGUGGUGAUCUCAUGAUGGCGCAACUGCUCAUAGAAAAUGGAGUAGACAUCAACCAGUCUGAUUUCGUUGGAAACAAUAUGCAAACAUACAGAGGGGGGAAUCGCGACACUGCACUCUGCGCUGCCUUUAAAUCAGCGUUCAGAGAGUAUAAAGAGGUUAUGCAGGUUCUACUCGACAAAGGUGCUAAUCCGAAUGCUCGAAAGGAUGGCGACGACACUCUCCUUUACAUGGCGUGUGAUCGCGAAGAUCUAGCGGUGGCGAGAAUGCUAUUGGCAUCUGGCGCCGAUCCAAAUGUUCAAGGCGGUGAACUUGGUACCGCUCUCGCCGUCGCCGCAUACAAAGGCUCUAUGGAGUUGGUGCAAUUGCUGCUUGACAAUGGUGCCGACGUCAAUUCACAAGGCGGCAUUUACGGCAAUGCUCUGCAGUCAUCGUGUUGCCCCAAUCCAGAUGUCAUUGAUCUAGACAUGAUCCAGCUUCUACUGCGUAACGGCGCCAGCAUCAACGCACGGGGCGGAGGCUAUGGCACUACGCUAUGCGCGGCUUCCAGCGCAGGCAAACUAGACAUAGUGAAAUUGCUCAUCCGAGAAGGUGCUGAUGUCAAUGCGGCUGGUGGGAAAUACUAUGACUAUGCGCUCUGUGCUGCCGCUUACAAGGGUCAUAUCGACGUUGUUCGAGUACUCCUGGAGAAUGGUGCAGUGGCAGGAUCUCCCACAUAUCCUCACAAGUAUGCUCUCCAGGAUGCUAUCGAAACAGGCAACAAGGAUAUAGCCGAACUCUUAUUCAAGCAAGGGGACCUAACAAGAAUGGAUAUGCGGUGGCCAGGCGAAGACUGGGCAGCAGACUCGAGAGAUGCGAUCACUGGAGCCUGGGGAACCAGGAGGCACUCAUUCGAUCUUCUGGACGACGCUGCCUAUUCUGAAUACUCUGGCUCAAAUGGUCUGUUUUCUACAACAGUCGAGGCGUUGGUCCCGCAAGCUGGAGACUGGAGUUCCACCGAAAGUAUCCAUUAA